AGCGGUAACAAAACACGACACAACAGAGAGAGAGAGAGGCAGAAGACGAUCCACAACAAAGCGUCUUCUUUUUCUUUUUUUAUUUUUAUUUUAUUCUUAUUCCAUUUCUAAUUCUCUUUGCUCAAAUUUAAUUAAAUUGAAUUUUUAAGAGAGAGAGAAAGAGAGGAGAACCUACACCUAUAGAGAGAGAGAGAAAAAAACAGAAUGAUAGCCUAUCAUCAGCUUAACCAAAGCUCAAAACCCUAAGCUUUAUUUGCGAUCCUCUCUCUCUCUCUCUCUCUCUCUCUCUCUCUCUCUCUCUUCGUUCACUGCAAAACUUUGCCACCUAGCUCUUCUACUUUUUGUUAUUCUUUGUUUUUUUCCGCUGAUAAUUCGCAAGCUUAGAGCUUCGAUUUUGUUACCUUUUUUUUUUUUUUCUGAAUUUCGGUGGAAAAAAGUCAGAGAUCGGCACCGAAAAGCUUAAUCAACAUUCUAAUUUUUCUCUGUAAAAAAAGGCCGGCAUUUCUUUGAAUUUACGAUAAUAGUGGGAAAAAAGGAUUCUGAUAUUUGAACCUUCUGAUGUUUUAUUUCCAAUCACUGUAUCAAUCUCCACUGAAUUUCUCAUCUAAGCCUCCGUUUUUGUAUUCCAUUUCCUGUAUUUUUCUUCCCUCCGAUGCUUUCUUUAUAUGUUGCUUUAAUUGUCUUAGAUUUCGCCUAAAAAUUUGACAGUAGAGAUCAAGCUCACGGGCUUUGAAUCACCAUUUUGAACAUUAAAGAAAACAAAUUUCACUGACUGGGUUAUCUAUUGGAUUUCGGGUUUUCUUUGAUUGAUUGGGAAAGAGCUUGAAUUUUUUAGAUAAUUUGUAUAUCAAUGGCGGAACGGUAUAGACCGGUUUUGAUUGAGGAAUUACCAUCGCAUUUGAUUUUAGAAAUUUUAAGCUCCGGUCGGCUUAGUGCCAUUGAUCUUGUAUGCUUAGAGUUGACUUCUAGGACAUUUGGAGGGAGUCAUGGGUUAUACCCUCACAAGUUUCGGUCAUUGGUGGAGUUCGCGGCGUUUCAACUAUGUCUUUCUCAUUCUACAUAUUCUCGAAUGGAAUUGAGUACUCAGAGAGAACUCUUCGAUCGGUGUGGUGGGAAUUGGAAGCGGAUUUUGAGGUUCUUGCAGUCUGUGGAGCAAUCAUCUGACAUGGUCGAGACAUCAGCAGGCAAUCAGAUGCAGAUUACUACUGGAAGAUACCACACAUUCUUGAUCAGCAGUUCAUCUGUGUACUCGUGUGGAUCUGGCUUGUGCGGUGUUCUCGGUCAUGGUCCUGAAACUACACAAUGUGUAACAUUUACUCCCAUUAAUUUCCCAUCUUUGGUACACGUUAUUCAAGUUUCUGCUUCUAACAAUCAUGCUGCUUUUGUCAUGAAAUCUGGAGAGGUGUUCACAUGUGGAGAUAAUUCGUCCUUUUGCUGCGGGCACAAGGAUACAAGCCGACCCAUUUUUAGGCCUAGACUUGUUGAAGCACUGAAAGAAGUUCCUUGCAAGCAGGUUGCUGCAGGGCUUAAUUUUACAGUGUUUCUCACAAGAAGAGGCCAUGUCUAUACCUGUGGAACCAACACACUUGGCCAACUUGGUCAUGGAGAUACUAUAGACAGACCAACACCCAAAGUUAUUGAACUGCUUGAGGAAAUUGGUUCUGUAGUCCAGAUUGCUGCUGGUCCAAGUUAUGUUUUAGCUGUAACCGACAAUGGAGCUGUCUACUCUUUUGGGUCGGGUUCAAAUUUCUGUCUUGGCCAUGGAGAGCAACAUGGUGAGUUCCAGCCACGUGUCAUCCAGACAUUUAAGAGAAAGGGUAUCCAUGUGCUUCGUGUUUCUGCUGGUGAUGAGCAUGCUGUGGCACUUGAUUCCAGUGGAUGUGUAUAUACCUGGGGUAAGGGCUACUGUGGUGCUUUAGGCCAUGGUGAUGAGAUUGAUAAGACUACUCCAGCACUUUUGAACAGCCUUAAGAGCCACCUAGCUGUGCAGAUCUGUGCUAGAAAGAGGAAAACCUUUGUUCUGGUUGAUGAUGGUUCAGUAUAUGGUUUUGGAUGGAUGGGCUUUGGCAGCCUUGGGUUUCCAGACAGGGGAGCAUCUGAUAAAGUAUUAAGACCUCGAGUCCUUGACAGCCUGAAGCCUCAUCAUGUUUCUCAAAUCAGCACCGGGCUAUAUCACACUGUUGCAGUUACCAACCGGGGAAGAAUCUUUGGAUUUGGAGAUAAUGAAAGGGCACAGCUUGGGCAUGACACUUUGAGAGCAUGCCUUGAACCGACUGAAAUUUUUGUACAAGAAAUGGCUGAUGAUUUGAAUCUUCUUCCAGAAAGCUUGUGAACCUCUCUGGUUGGUGCCUACACUUGCCCUCUUCUUUUUAUUAGAAAUGCAUAAACUGUAACUGUAAAAGCAGAGUAGAUAACCUUUGCCUUGUCAAAACUCCAAAGUUAAUAUGUAGAACCACGUUAUAUA